AUGGCCGACCACCUGAUGCUCGCCGAGGGCUAUCGCCUGGUGCAGAGGCCGCCUCCCGCCGCUCCCGCCCACGGCCCUCAUGUGCUGCGGACUCUGCCGCCGUACGCGAGCCCGGGUCUGGACAGUGGGCUGCGGCCACGGGGGACAUCGCUGGGUCCGCCGCCGCCCCAACCUGGGGCCCAGACAUACGGGGCCUUUGGGCCGCCGUCCUCCUUCCAGCCCUUUCCGGCGGUAACGCCGCCGGCCGCAGGCAGCGCGCACCUGCAACCCGUGGCGACAGUGUACCCAGGCCGCGCCCCGGGACCCCCAGGAGGCCCCCCGGGCCUGCAGACGUCGCCCGCCGCCGCCGCCCCGCAGCCUGCGCAAUCCCUGGGCAGCAUGGACGCCGAACUCAUCGACGAGGAGGCGCUGACGUCGCUGGAGCUCGAGCUCGGCCUGCACCGCGUGCGCGAGCUUCCCGAGCUCUUCCUGGGCCAGAGCGAGUUCGACUGCUUCUCAGACUUGGGGUCAGCGCCGCCCGCCGGCUCGGUGAGCUGCUGAGCGCAGCGGGGCCCGUUUGGCGCGCCCGAGGGAAGAAAGGACUGCCUGCUGGACUCUGCACCCUGCGAAGGGGCCCGGCAUCCACCCUCCAUGAGGGUGGAGACAGCGGGCUUGAACGCGGAGCCAGGCACCGAGCUGUAACCCUGGUGUCCCUCCAGGCCCUGUCUCCUGCUGGAUGACAGUUUGGCUUCACUUCUGUGACCUGAGCCUCUGCUGUACAGUGGAGGAGACUGGCCCAGCUUUCGGACUCCGGGUUCUUGGAUUCUGUGUUUUCCCCCACCCCCUCCCAAUCUGAGCCAUUGCAGGCCUCUGCCUGAAAACCCCUUCUCUCAUGCCACCCGCUACCGGCACUGGGUACCCGGAGACCCCAUCUACUGAGCCCCUGCUGCCUGGGCCUUGGCCUCCCACCUCAGGGAAGGGAAGAUUGUACAUCCAGCCCUACCCUGUGGAGCAGUGCCCCAUCUGGCCUCCAAAACCAAAAUAA